AGUGUCUAUUCCUACUUCCAAUCAUAUAAUCUCACUUUCUAAGCCAAGUUUCUCUCUCUAGCUUCGUUUCCACUACUGAAUCAAGUGAUUUAGUAAUUUCCACUGGAAUCUGGAGUAAAUAAUUCGAGCUUCCGAUUUUGUUGCCAUCAGAUUCUCUCAUAGCUCGUGAAGCUGAUCACUUCUCUGCUAAUCCGUGACUGUUUCACGGAAUUCUAGAAUUUUUGCCGAUUUUUUAAGUUUUUAUCUGUUCACCGAUCUAUUUGUAUUGAGUCAGACAGUCAGAGUAGUGUAAAUUGAGCCGAUGUUGUGCGUAAGUGGAGAAGAUGCAGCUGAAAUGCAGUGUGGAAUGCAGAGAGAUUGAUUUGUGUUAGUGAAUGAUGUGAAGAUUGAGAGAAUUUGAAAUGCUGAGCCCUAAAUUAGGAGCUCAGUUAGAGCGGAUGAAGCGGAGGUCGAAUUCGGGGAAAUUUCAUCACAGGUGGAAGCGAAAAUUCUUCGCGUUUCUUUUGAUUGCGAUUUGUUUCGCGACGUUUCUGUUGAUGGAAUCAGAGUACAGUAAGAUCAAAAUGCCUUCGUUAAUAUCUCCGACGCUGCAGAAGCCGAAGAUUGCUUUUCUUUUUAUUGCUCGGAAUCGGAUUCCUCUCGACAUUGUUUGGGAUGUAUUUUUUCAGGGUGAUACAGAGAAUAGGUUUUCCAUUUAUGUUCAUUCAAGACCGGGGUUCUUGUUGAAUGCAGCAACGACGAGAUCAAAAUUUUUCUUAAACCGUCAAGUGAAUGAUAGCGUACAGGUAGAUUGGGGAGAAGCAAGCAUGAUCCAGGCAGAGCGUAUUUUGCUUCAAGGUGCGCUGAUGGAUCCUUUCAAUGAGCGGUUUCUUUUCCUUUCAGACAGCUGCAUACCUCUCUACAAUUUCAGCUACACGUAUGACUAUAUAAUGUCAACCCCAAAUAGCUUUGUGGACAGUUUUGCUGAUAAAAAGGAAAGUCGUUACAAUCCAAAAAUGCAUCCAGUGAUUUCUGUUGACAACUGGAGGAAGGGAUCUCAGUGGGUUGUUCUGACCAGAAAGCAUGCUGGGGUUGUAGUUGAAGAUAAAACUGUAUUCUCUAUGUUUCAGUUACAAUGCAAGAGGAAGUCUUUACCUGAAUUUUGGCGAGACCGUCCCAUUCCUGCCGAUUCAUCAGCUGAACAUAAUUGUAUACCUGAUGAACACUAUGUUCAAACCUUGCUCACUCUAAAAGGUCUAGAAGGAGAAAUCACUAGAAGGUCACUGACUCACAGUUCUUGGGAUCUAACAUCUUCGAGAGAUCCUCAUAGGAAAGGAUGGCAUCCCGUCACCUACAAGUUGGGCGAUGCUACUUCCAGUCUUAUCCAGUCCAUCAAGGCCAUAGAUAACAUCUAUUUCGAGACUGAGUAUAGAAGAGAGUGGUGCACUAGCAAGGGGAAACCCUCUCAAUGCUUCCUCUUCGCCAGAAAAUUCACACGACCUGCUGCCCUACGUCUUCUUAAUAUGGUGAGUCCAUUCUAUUUUCAUUCUGUUUAUAUAAGAAUGAUAAUUGUAGGUGACAUGCAUAACAAGAAACAUAGUAAUGAAUGAAAAUCUACGAUUCUGCUGUAAAACGCAUUGUCUGUGGCUGCAGUCUGCUUUCGGAUUUUCCAGAGAAGCUACAACUUGAGCAUAAUACCACGAUCUAGACUACGGAUUAGCAACCGGAAUUCGUACAUGUGAAUAACCUAGUAAGUCAUCCAUACUGAUUAAGAUCCAUAUCAAUAUGAAUUGUAUUUUGUGAUGUAGUUGUUGUAAUAAAGGCUGUCUUAUUAUUAUCUUACAUAUAUUCCUGUGAGAUGUCAAUAUUAGGUGUAUUUUAGUUUCUCUGAUAUGUUACUAUAAGGGGAGACUGAAAUGUUCAGUAAUUGUAAUUCUGCAGCUUCAGUAGUAGUCAAUGUAAUCUAUAUUUUUUAUUCACUA